CGAAGCCCCGGUCUAGGCCCCGCGGAGAUGUCCGGCUGCGGCGCUUGUAGUUGCGGCGCAGUUGCUGCGAGGCUCAUCACCUCCUCGCUCGCCUCCGCGCAGAGAGGUCUUUCUUGUGGUCGCAUUCACAUACCAGUUUUAGGAAGGCUUGGGGCCUUUGAAGCUCAGAUUCUGCGAAGCGCUCCUUUUAGAACUUUUACAGAAACACCAGCUUACUUUGCCUCAAAAGAUGGGAUAAGUAAAGAUGGCUCUGGAGAUGGAAAUAAGAAAUCAGUAAGUGAUGGAAGCAGUAAGAAAUCAGGCUCUGGGAAUUCUGGGAAAGGUGGAAACCAGCUGCGCUGUCCUAAAUGUGGCGACUUGUGCACACAUGUAGAGACCUUUGUGUCAUCCACCCGUUUUGUGAAGUGUGAAAAGUGUCAUCAUUUUUUUGUUGUGCUAUCUGAAGCAGACUCAAAGAAAAGCAUAAUUAAAGAACCCGAAUCAGCAGCAGAAGCUGUAAAAUUGGCAUUCCAGCAGAAGCCACCUCCCCCUCCCAAGAAGAUUUAUAACUACCUCGACAAGUAUGUUGUUGGCCAGUCGUUUGCUAAGAAGGUGCUUUCAGUUGCUGUGUACAAUCACUAUAAGAGAAUAUAUAAUAACAUCCCAGCUAAUCUGAGACAGCAAGCAGAGGUUGAGAAGCAGACAUCAUUAACACCUAGAGAGUUAGAAAUAAGAAGACGGGAGGAUGAGUACAGAUUUACAAAAUUGCUUCAGAUCGCUGGGAUUAGUCCACAUGGUAAUGCUUUGGGAGCCUCCAUGCAGCAGCAGGUAAAUCAGCAAGUCCCUCAGGAAAAGCGAGGAGGUGAAGUGCUGGAUUCUGCGCAUGAUGACAUAAAACUUGAAAAAAGUAAUAUUUUGCUCCUUGGACCAACUGGGUCAGGUAAAACCCUGCUGGCGCAAACACUAGCUAAAUGCCUUGAUGUCCCUUUUGCUAUCUGUGACUGUACGACUUUGACUCAGGCUGGAUAUGUAGGUGAAGAUAUUGAAUCUGUGAUUGCCAAACUGCUCCAAGAUGCCAAUUAUAAUGUAGAAAAAGCACAACAAGGAAUUGUCUUUCUGGAUGAAGUAGAUAAGAUUGGCAGUGUGCCAGGCAUUCAUCAGUUACGGGAUGUAGGUGGAGAAGGCGUUCAGCAAGGCUUACUAAAAUUACUAGAAGGUACGAUAGUCAAUGUUCCAGAAAAGAAUUCUCGCAAGCUACGUGGAGAAACAGUACAAGUUGAUACAACAAAUAUCUUGUUUGUUGCAUCUGGUGCUUUCAAUGGUUUAGACAGAAUCAUCAGCAGGAGGAAAAAUGAAAAGUAUCUUGGAUUCGGAACACCAUCUAAUCUGGGAAAAGGCAGAAGGGCUGCAGCUGCUGCAGAUCUUGCCAAUAGAAGUGGGGAAUCAAAUACCCAUCAAGACAUUGAAGAGAAAGAUCGAUUAUUACGUCAUGUGGAAGCCAGAGAUCUCAUUGAGUUCGGCAUGAUUCCUGAGUUUGUGGGACGGUUACCUGUGGUAGUUCCUUUGCAUAGCCUAGAUGAGAAAACCCUUGUGCAGAUACUAACUGAGCCACGUAAUGCUGUUAUUCCUCAGUACCAGGCCUUAUUCAGCAUGGACAAGUGUGAAUUGAAUGUUACUGAGGAUGCUUUGAAAGCUAUAGCCAGAUUGGCACUAGAACGAAAAACUGGUGCAAGAGGCCUUCGGUCCAUAAUGGAAAAGCUGUUACUAGAACCAAUGUUUGAAGUCCCAAAUUCUGACAUUGUAUGUGUGGAGGUUGACAAAGAAGUAGUAGAAGGAAAAAAGGAACCAGCAUACAUCCGGGCUCCAACGAAAGAAUCCUCUGAAGAGGAGUAUGACUCUGGAGUUGAAGAGGAAGGAUGGCCUCGCCAAGCAGAUGCUGCAAACAGCUAAACUGUCAGACUCCUGUCAUGUAUAUAAAGCUUCUCCUUUUGUUUAGGAUCAUAACUGUUUCUACAGUCUGACAUUAAAGGAUUUGGGUCUGUCUUGGAUAGCAUACAUGGUCAGAAGCCUUUAGGAUAAGAAUCAGAUCAUGUAUUAUAUUGUAACAUCACAUUGAUUUAUACACAAGGACAUUAUGUGGACUUCAAUGAUACAAUGUUCAGAGAUAAAAUGUACAUUAUUUUGGUUCAUUUUUUUAAAAAUAUGCUUUAACAAAAUUCUUAGGAGUUCAUUUAAGCAGUGCAGUUGUUGCAGGAACUAUGGAUUUUACAAUAAUGUUACUCUACAAAUGGGAAAAUAAAUUAUUUAAAAUUGAAGAUUGAGGUACCAUUCUUUAACCUUUUUCUACCAACAUUUGUGACCUGAAAAUACAAGAAUUUUAUUCAUUUUAAAAAUUGGAACAGGUAGAUUCCACGUAGUGAAAAUUUCACAAAAAAGAACCCUGAAGAACAUAUUUUGAUAAUUUAUGUUAAAUUCUUAGUCUUAUCUGCUAGUGCAUGACACUAACUUCCCAAUUAGUACUAUAAAAAAAGCUUCUUGCUGACUUGUCUGAUUUAGUGAGCAGAUGGAACUGAAGUUUGGCUUAAAUCUUCAGAAAAAAAAGUAUACAUCUAAUUUUAUAAAUAGCAUCCAGUAUCAGUCAAAGUAACAGCCAUGUGCUGAACUAAAUGAAAUAUCCUAAUAUUGUGUAUUACCUAAAGUACUUGAGCUAUUGUGUAUCUGGUUUUUUGUUUUAUUUUCCUGGUAUUUGUCUAAAUUUUUGGCUUCAUAGAACAAGAAAGACAAUCUGUGUUUUACUGUCAACAGAAGUAAAUGUCUUUACACUAAAAUAUAAUUUAUUGACCUUCAUUAUAAAGCAAAACUAAAAAGUGGGAGGUAAUUUAGGGACUUAAAAAAAAAAAUGUAUCAUUUGAUUCCAUAAAUAUUAAAAUACUUGGGUACCUUUAAAUUUUUUUUUUCCUUCUAUAAUGUUGAUAUGUUUCUAUAUUACUCAUUCAGUUCAACCUCAUUUGAAAUUGUUUAAAUCAGAGUAUACUGAAAUAUUUGUUUUCAUAUUUUGGUUUAUAGACUCUUGAGUUUUCCUUACCCCUUUUUCUUAGGAAAAGAACCUUACGCUAUUAGCAGAUUCUGAUCUUGUUGACGAAGAGUUGGGCUUUCUAUGUUAUAAUAAAAAAGAUGUGAGAUAUCUGUUUAUGGCUGGGCUAAGACCAGAAAUGCACUUUUGCAGAGUAUGCAAGCCUGGUUACUAUCAUAUGAAACAGAAACAAGUAUCCGUCUUAGUUUCCCUAGUAAUGGUUGAAGUUCCUUUCAAGAAGUCUUCAGAUUAUAACUUUGCUCAUUAUCUUUUUCUUACAGCACCAUCAUUUUCCUUUUUGUAGAGUGAAAACUGGAAUAGCUUCUAAAUAUAUUAAGGGUAAUCUUCCAGAAAUGGACUGGGAGACAUUUUAGUCAAAACAACUCAUGUUUGGUUUUGGAAGUUGUUAACAAAGCAUAAUUGAUGUUUUUAAAUCAAAAACAACUGAAUAUAACUACAAUUUGUAUCUAGAAACAUAUGUUUUGGCAUUUGAAUAAAACAAGGACUACAUGAAAGCUCAUGUGGUGGUGUGUCUGUAAUGCGGAGUGCAGGAGCCCUCUGCCAGCAGUGCAGUUUUCCAAAGGGCACAGAUUUCAUAUGACCUGCUUUCUUCUAGGGUUUGGUUAAUCCUUGGCACUUUCAUGUCCAUCUUUUAUUCUCCUAGUUUGUAGACUCCACAAACAAAAAGUAUUAUUAAAACUUCACUAAAUAUUUAAAAUCCCUAAGUGUUGCACACAGAACCCAACACUAGGGACACAGACCAAACUUUUCAAGAACUUUACUAAUCUAGUAGGGGAGGCAAACACAAACUUCAAUGCAUUAUGAUAUUGAAGAUGAGGUAUAUAUCAGAUGUGGUGGCACAGAGGAGGUGUCCCAGAUGGGCCUGGAAGAAUAAGUAGGAAUUUGCCAGACAAGAAUAAUGAUAAGUCCAAAGCUCAGAAGUGUGAAACAACAACCAGAGAGGUUUAGGAGUGGAGAAAUAGGCACAACUAUGACCUUCUUGAUCAUAUGCCACCUCUUGAAAUGGUUGAAUAUCGACUAAUUCUUUUUGGUAUAAUGACUCUGUGUAUUCCUUCCAUCUUCUUUGGAUGCUUCCUGCGUCAUUUAAUAUUUUCCCCAUGGAAUCCUUCACUAAUGCAACUCGAGGCCUGAAUUUUUUCUUCAGUUCUUUCAGCUCGAGAAAUGCAGAGCGUGUUCUUCCCUUUUGGUUUUCCAUCUCCAGCUCUUUGCACAUGUUAUUAUACUUUGUCUUCUCGAGAGGCCCUUUGAAAUCUUCAGUUCUUUUACUUCAUCAAUUCUUCCUUUUGCUUUAGCUGCUUGACGCUCAGGAGCAAGUUUCAGAGUCUCCUCUGACAUCCAUCUUGGUCUUUUCUUUCUUUCCUGUCUUUUCAGUGACCUCUUGCUUUCUUCACGGAUGACGUCCUUGAUGUCAUUCCACAACUCGUUUGGUUUUCGGUCACUAGUGUUCAAUGCAUCAAAUGUGUUCUUCAGAUGGUCUCUAAAAUCAGG